AUGAGUCUCACAAACCCGCCGUCAGCGGCCACCGGCCCCGGGUCGGUUUCCGCGGCAAGGACCCAGACACUGAAGCGGAGCGUGCAAGCCGCGUUUGAAGCCGUAGAUCCAGCCGACCGCGGGAUCGGACCCAUCGGUUAUCAGAGCAAGGUCCGAGUCAUAGACAAGUACAAAGUCAUCGGCUUUAUUAGCAGUGGCACUUAUGGCCGUGUGUACAAGGCGCUCGGCCGCCAAGGUCAGACAGGCGAAUUCGCGAUCAAGAAGUUCAAGCCCGAUAAAGAGGGCGAGCAGGUCGCCUACACCGGCAUAUCCCAAUCAGCUGUUCGCGAGAUGGCGCUCUGCUCCGAACUAAAUCAUACCAACGUGAUCAAGCUGAUCGAAAUCAUCCUCGAGGACAAGUGCAUCUUCAUGGUGUUCGAGUACGCGGAGCACGAUCUGUUGCAGAUCAUCCAUCACCAUACGCAACAACCUCGCCACCCCAUUCCGCCAACCACCAUCAAGAGCAUCAUGUUCCAGCUUCUCAACGGCUGUCAAUAUUUGCAUACGAACUGGGUAUUGCACCGUGAUCUCAAACCCGCAAACAUCAUGGUCACUUCCUCCGGCGAGGUCAAAAUUGGCGACCUUGGUCUUGCUCGCUUGUUCCAGAAGCCGCUCCAUAGCCUUUUUAGCGGCGAUAAGGUUGUCGUAACAAUAUGGUAUAGGGCUCCUGAACUCCUGCUGGGCAGCAGGCAUUAUACGCCAGCCAUCGAUAUGUGGGCUGUGGGCUGUAUAUUUGCCGAGCUUCUAUCACUUAGGCCGAUUUUUAAGGGAGAAGAAGCCAAGAUGGAUAGCAAGAAGACGGUUCCAUUUCAGCGCAACCAGAUGCAGAAGAUAGUCGACAUCAUGGGUUUGCCCACCAAGGAAAAGUGGCCACUGUUGACGAGCAUGUCCGAAUACAGCCAACUCACGACCCUCCAACCUCCGCUCAGCACAGCGCACCACAGCCAUCACGGCCAUCAUUAUCAAGCCCAGCGACAAACUGCAGGCGGAAGUCAUCUCGAAAAAUGGUACUACAACACCAUUGGCCAGAACGCUGGCGGAUCUGGGCCGGCGCCCGGCGGCGCGUCUCUGUCCAGCUUGGGGGCAGAAGGUUACAAGCUCCUAGCUGGCCUACUCGAGUACGACCCCGAGAAACGACUCACGGCCGCGGCCGCGUUGCAGCAUCCCUUUUUCAGCACAGGCGACAAAGUUAGCGCUAACUGCUUCGAGGGUCUCAAGACGGAGUAUCCACAUCGCAGAGUCAGUCAAGAUGACAAUGAUAUCCGGACUAGCUCGUUGCCUGGAACCAAAAGGAGCGGCUUACCGGAUGAUUCGCUUGUGAGGCCAGGCAAGAGGGUGAAGGAGGGCUAA